UCCACCCGGGCUGCCCAGUAGGAUUUAUUUAACCCACCGUGUGGUUCCUCCUCCCAACCUGUCCGCAGUCCCGUUCGUUCAGCACAGGCUCGGAACCGUCCACAGCAACAUGCAGGAUGGCGAGUGUGGAGACGGCAGCCGAACACGAACGCAUUCUGCGGGAAAUCGAGAGCACGGAUACCAACUGCAUCGGGCCGACACUCCGGUCGGUGUACGAUGGUCAGGAACAUGGCCUCUUCAUGGAAAAGCUUGACGGCCGGAUCAGGAACCAUGACAGAGAGAUCGAGAAGAUGUGCAACCAUCACUUCCAGGGUUUCGUCGACUCCAUUACAGAGCUGCUCAAAGUUCGAGGAGAGGCCCAGAAGCUGAAGAGUCAGGUGACUGAAACCAACCUACGUCUUCAGGAAGAUGGCAAAGUGCUCAUCAGUUCCAUGGAGGAGCUGAAACAGUGCCGAGUGCAGCAGAGGAACAUUGCUACCACCGUAGACAAGCUGAGUCACUGCCUGCCAGUGCUGGAGAUGUACAGCCGACUGCAGGAGCAGAUGAGAGCCAAGAGGUACUACCCCGCGUUACGGACUUUAGAGCAGCUGGAACACACGUGUCUUCCCAGAGCCGGUCAGUACCGGUUCUGCUCCAUCAUGUCAGAGAACAUCCCCAAACUGAGGACGCACAUCCGGGACACCGCCAUGACGCAGCUCAGAGACUUCCUGGAAAGCAUCCGCAAACACUCGGACAAGAUCGGCGAGACGGCCAUCAAACAGGCUCAGCUCCAGCGUUCACUGGACAGCUCCGUCACCCUUCAGCCCAGAGCUUUGAUUGGUCGGCGCAGCAGAAAGGAGGCGGCAUCAGCAGGAACAGAGAACGGCGGACAGGGCGGCAGUCCCAUGUCUGAACAGGACUCUGGUAUUCUGGACGUGGAGGAUGAAGAGGAGGAAGAAGUCCCAGGAGCUCAGGACCUGGUGGAUUUCUCCCCAGUGUACCGCUGCCUCCAUAUCUACACUGUGCUGGGUUUGCGUGAUGUGUUUGAGAACUACUACAGAAAGCAGAGAAGGAAACAGGCUCGCCUUGUGUUGCAGCCCCACUCUAACAUGCAUGAAACCUUGGAGGGAUACAGGAGGUACUUCAAUCAGAUUGUUGGCUUCUUUGUUGUUGAGGACCACGUCCUUCACACCACGCAGGGUUUGGUCAACAGAGCCUACGUGGAGGAACUUUGGGAGUUGGCCCUGUCCAAAAUAGUCGCAGCCCUGAGGACGCACUCUUCGUACUGUGAUGACCCUGACCUGGUGCUGGAUCUGAAGAACCUCAUUGUCCUGUUUGCUGAUACUCUGCAGGGUUAUGGUUUCCCUGUGUCCCAGCUGUUUGACAUGCUGCUGGAAAUGAGGGAGCAGUAUGGAGAGAUUCUGCUCAAGAGAUGGAACAUCACCUUCAGGCAGAUUCUGGAUCAGGACAACUACAGUCCAAUCCCGGUUUCAACAGAGCAGGAAUACAGACAGUACACUUCCCAGUUUCCCCUGCAAGACCCUGAACUGGAAAAGCUUUCUUUCCCCAAGAAACUUCCCUUCUCUGAGUUUGUACCAAAAGCCUACUGCCAGCUGAAAGAAUUCAUCUAUGCUUGCCUGAAAUACUCUGAGGACCUUCAUCUCAGUUCCACGGAGAUAGACGACAUGAUCCGCAAGUCGACAAACCUGUUGUUGACCAGAACCCUCAGUAACUGUCUGCAGUACGCCAUCAAGAAGAAGAAUGUGGGCCUGGCAGAGUUGGUACAGGUGAUUAUUAACACCACCCACCUGGAGCAGAGCUGCCAUUUCCUGGAGGAGUUCAUAUCCAACAUAACAAACGUUCCUCCGGACACGAUGAACGCCACCAAGCUGUACGGGACGUCAACGUUUAAAGAUGCCCGUCAUGCAGCUGAGGCGGAGAUCUACACCAGCCUGAACGCCAAGAUUGACCAGUUCCUGCAACUGGCCGAUAACGACUGGAUGUCGUCCGCGCAGGGAAGCGGGAAUCUAACGACCAGCGACUACCUGGUUGACUUGAUCGCGUUUCUGAGGAGCACGUUUAGUGUCUUCACCAACCUGCCGGGGAAAGUCGCGCAGACGGCCUGCAUGUCCGCCUGCAAGCACAUGUCCACCUCCCUGAUGCAGCUGCUGCUCAACCCAGAGGUCCGGCAGAUCUCCAUCGGCGCUCUGCACCAGCUCAACGUCGACCUGAAGGAGUGCGAGAGUUUUGCCAGAGCCAGCCCGGUCGCAGGCUUCCAGGGUGACACGUUGCUUCUGGCCUUCAGUGACUUGAGACAAUUACUGGACCUUUUCACCCAGUGGGAUUGGUCCACUUACCUGGCCGACUACGGCAGACCCACCUGCAAAUACCUGAGAGUCAACCCACACACGGCACUGACCCUCCUGGAGAAGUUGUUUAAGCCGAUGAAGGAGACGAGCAAGAAGAACGUCGUCCUGGCCCAGUUCAAGAAGGCGGACAGAGACAGACAGAAGCUCAUCGACACCGUCAUCAAACAGCUCCGCAACCUCAUCGCGCAGCAUCACGCCUAAACAGAGUCCACUGAUUGGUCAGGAAGCCCAGAGAGCUCCAUCCAGCCCUCUGAUUUUAAUCCAGAGUGAUCGGAGCGUCUUCCAUCAACCAAAAAUCUAAAUCUGUACCAUGUUAGAGUUUACUUGUUGGAAGCAAAUGUUUCAAGCUUGCAAAAUGAAGAUCUUCAUUUUAUCUCCAGCUCAUUAGUAACUAAUUAACCUCCCGUCAGCUCCUUCCUCCCGAGUUUAAAAGGGGUGUUCUCCUGUUUAACUAAUUCUCGUGUUGCUGUUUUAGGAUGCUACUGAGCCCUUAGUUUGGACAGGAAGCAGCAUAUUUAUGAGCCAAAUCUAAAGAUGCUGCUCCUAAACUAUGCCCUGCUGUUCAUCUUUCUAACGUGAAACAGGAGCUUUGAUCGUUUCAUGCCGGAUGCAGUCAGGUUUGAAAUCUUUAUUUGUCCGCAGAUGAGAUCGUUGAGGCAUAAAAUGUUUUCAAUUGUCCGUAAGGAUCCCUGAAUGCCAUAUUUUCCUUAAAACUCUUCCGAUUUCCUGACUGAAUAGGUUGGCUUUGCGGAGACUGUUUUGUUCCGACUUUUAUCGUCUUCCAUGCCGCUCGUCUUCGUUACUUGUAGCACAACAAUAAAAUGUAUUGAAUGUACGUCUGAGAGAUUAUUCUGGCGUUUGUGAUGUCAUGUUAGGUUGCUUAAUACUUGGAAGAGCACUGAAAUAAAGUCUGAAAACAAAGCAAUACAGAAUGUUACUGCAAUAGUUGAGAACUCAACACUUUGUCUUCUUAAAAGGGGUUUAAAAGUUUGCGUGAAGCUUAAGUAUUUGAAUCCUGUGAAGUGGCGUUAAAUGAAAGGCAUGGAAAAGUCAGUUUGGAGAAAAAAUUCCUAAUUUAAAGAAUAUUUGGGAAACGGGUUCCAAGGACUAAAUAUGAGCAGCCACUAUCUUACCAGCAGUGGACUGCAGUCACAGUGAUCCCAGUUUGGAGAACAGUGCUCUAGUGUAUGGAACAUAUUACAGAUUUAUUUUCAAGGUGUGGUUCUAUGGAGCAGUUAUAAGCAGUCAGUGUCUUAUUCCAGUAGACCGCAGUCAGGGGUUUUAGUUUGAAGAACAGUCCUAAUUUCUGGGAUUUUUGAGAUUUAUUCUAAAGUGGGGUUCUGUGGCGUAGUUGUGAGAUCUCAGUAUCUUACCAGCCGCAGACAGUCAAAAUGAUGUUAGUUUGGAUAACUCUGUUUAGAGACGUUUUUGUUUAAGUGGGGUCCUGUGGAGCAGUCAUGAGCGGUCAAUACCUUACCAAAGUAGAUUUCUACCAUCUUGAAACAAAAACAAAAACAUUAUAGUUUUUCCUGCAAAAAAAAAAAAAAACAAUAAAAAAAUCCUUAAACUUCACACUGUUGUCACUUUAGCAUUAGCAGGUUAUUUACAUAGAAGCUUACAGUAAAAAAAGGGAACUGAAACGGUAGCUCAGUACAUUUUUAGAUUAUUAGUAUAAAUUACCUCAGGGUUCUCUGUUAAUAAUAUAAUGUUAAUAUGACACUGUGUAAAGUUCAUAUAUAGCUUUCAUGUGACAGGUGUGAGUUGCUUCAGCAAGCCGCUUCAUUCAAACUGCAGGUAAAACACUGACGGCUAAAACUGCCACAGAACCUAGCUUAAUCAAGCUGAGGCGUUCCUUUUUACAAACCAGCAUGGAAACAUAGAGAUGUGCUGCCGGUGUUGUCAUGUUAAUGGAAAAUGUAUUUAUUUUUCAAAUACUUUUGCUACUCUACUAUCCCUACAUGUUUUAACAAUACACUAAAGCAGUUAAACAGAGGUAAACACAGAUGUCCCUGGUUUAUUGCUGCCAGUGGUGCAUCACGAGAUCCUGGACCUUGGCUGCUGUGACAGAUAAGAUAUAUUCAAGGCCUCCCCCAGAGCAGUUUAGCUUCUGAUCUUGUUCACAUCAGUACAUUAAGUCUCUGAACCGGCCUGUUCUAAACCGGCAAACAAGGCUUUCAACCAGCCCCACUUCACAGGAAACUGUCUAACACACAACCUGCAAAUACUUGAACAAGUGCCUGAACUUUACACCUCCACAGUGAGCGAGAGAUAUAAGACAAAAAAGGGGGAUGUUGUUCAAAACUGGCAACUAUUCCCCAUCCAUGUAGUGAAACGUGAUUAGAACAGAAAGAGUGUUAUUACUUAAAUAACUGGGUCUCAGCGGGGGGGUGAUGCUCCGAACUGGCAACUGCUUUAUGUUGUGUAGUCUGUUGUUUGUCUGCCUGAUUGGGAUGAGUUUGUAUAGAACCAUAGUCGUAAUGCCAAGCACACACUGUCCUGUGUCUUCCAUAAUGCCAGGAACUGUGUGUUUGUUUCUGUGUGUGUCUGUGUGUGUGUGUACUCUGGAUACUUGUACACACAGGUAACUAAUUAAAGCACAACAUCUACUUAGUUUCACACUAGAUUGUUUCUCAAACUAAUAAGGGUCGUCUUCAAUGUGUUUUGUUGGUAAACUUGGGUGCAAUACUAUUAGAAAGUGCAGCAGCGUGUUAAAUGAAAAGUGUGUGCUUUAUAAAGGGAUUCAAAUCUGCAUUGUGUUUAUAAAUCUAUGUUUUUCUGUUUCAUGAAGAACAUUUUGUUCAGUUUUCUGUGCGAUUUGCUGAGCAUCUCAUUUUGUGGAUUUCUACGAGGAUUUUAGUUAUAUUUUGUAACCUAUUGGUCGUCAUUUGUUUUGUUUAUUUUACUUUUCGAAAGGGAACGGGGUGUUGCUGAAUGUGCCUUUGCUGUACGCCUUCAGCCAAUGAAGCAGCAUAAUGUGGUGUUUGGAGUCUGGGCAGUUUUCUGUUAGUUUACAAUAAGAAAACUCUGCUUGAAUUUCUUUUUUUCUUCUUUUUAAAGCUUGUCGCUCAAUUUCAAACUUUUCUGGAGGUGAGAUUGUUGCUUAUUUCCAACUAACACCAUUAACACAUCCUGGAGCUCCGGUUCUUCUUUCCAUGCAGGUUGUUGGAUGUUUUUCUCUCAAUUAAAUGAGAUUCUCGGUCCUUUUCCUGAGCGGUGAUCCUGCAGCUAUGCUGGAUUUCCAGAGUCCUCUGUCUGCAUAUGAUGUUGCUACUUUCUGUCCCAUGUUUGUUUAUUGCAGACAAAAACUGUUGUAACAUUAGCACUGUACACUCUGAUGUAUUAAACCACUAAUUAUUGAAAAUACAAAUAAAAUGAGAUAUGCCAACAGAUGAACAUGAAAUAAAUGGCAAACUAUUAAA